AUUAAAAUUAGGUAAAUUUUCGCGGAAAUUAAAGUAAGUUUUAAUUAGAAACAUUCAAUACAUAAAAUGUUGAAUAGGCACUCGAUUAAUUUAAAUGCGUGUUUCAUAAGAUCUACCGAAUUUAAAUCUAGUUGUUUUCGUUCAAUGAGAGAAUCACGGUUCUCAUAAUGAUCAUAGUGGUUGUUAUGUUUCUUUAAAGAAUAUGGCAAGAUGGCGACAUAUUUGAAGCGAACGUCAAAAUUGUUUAAUAUUUCUUUGACACAAUCAUCGCUGGAUAUUAAUCUACGAGAUUUAAUAUGCCCAGUAUGCCGCAGCAUUCUUAUUGAACCAGUAACAUUGCCGUGUACACAUAACCUUUGCUUAAAAUGUUUGAAAGGUACUUUCGAAUACAAUAGUUUGAGCUGUCCUCUUUGUCGAAUACGAGUCGGUUCUUGGCUACGUACAGCAACGAAGACUGAAACAUUAGUUAAUAACGGUCUUUGGGAGUUAAUUCAGACGAAAUUUUCCAAAGAGGUUGAAAAUAAAUACAGCGGUAACGACAGAAAUAUCGAUUUGGAUGCUGGCUACAUUGCUGCUAAUAAGAUACUUAGUGCAGCAGGAGAAAUUCGACACGAAUAUGAGGUGCAACUUCAAAUGGCAGAGGAAGAAAUGCGAUGUCAAAGAAAAGCUGAAGAGAUAGCCAGCGAGGCUUUAAUUCGCAAAAUUCAGGAGGAAGAGCAACAACAACAGCUGGUUCAAUUAACUCAAGAUCAGUUACUUGCUAAAUCUUUGGUAAAGAAACAGCUUGUCGACAAACACAAAGGAGUGUCUAAAUAUAAGAACUCUCUCAAUGUAUCUAAUAGUUCUUUUCACACUUCAAAAUUGAAUGUCGCUACUAUGACUGAAGUGAAUUCAUAUAAGGAAGAAUCACAAAGUUCAAAGUAUGAGAAAGAGUCUCAAGAUAAUUCUGGAUUAAGAAGAUCAAAUAUUGCGUUAAUAUCUAAGAUCCAUGCAGAAAGAUAUGCAUCUAGUAUAAAAAACAAUGCAGUCCUGCCUAGUGCAUGUAACGAUUCUACGAGUAAAUUCUGUUGUCAAAAACCUGUACAUAAUGCUAUUUCAAGAACUUUAAAGCAUCAAACGGUAUCUAAAAUAAUUGAACCUUGUAUAUCAAAAUGCUCUUUGGAACCUAGAACGUCUACUUCAAAAAUAUAUGGUACCCAGAGCAAGGAAGAGUUGCAUGUACCAAAUGAUAUCGUAAACAGUAAAAAGAAGAGUUUAAGUGUGGAAGUAUGUGUGUCGUCAGGGGACGAUGACGAAAGAAUGGGAAGUGCAGAAAGUACUGGUAGUCAUGACAGCAUUAAUCAAGAAAUUCAUCAUUUUAAACCUAUCAAGGCUAUGCCCAGAACACCAUUAAAACUGUCUACAGAUGGAAGACAAAUAGAUCCGAAACUAAUUAGAGUUGUUCCAAUACUGAAAAGGAUAUCAAACGUUGUACCUAAACCUCCAUCUCAAGCACAUUUAAAACGAAUUAUUGGAUGUUCCUGGAGUGCAUUUCGAGGGAGAACCAAACAGAACUCUAAAGAGAAAGAUCCAUGUAAGGAAGAAAUCGAACAAAAACCGUCAACAUCUUGUAGUCAAUCGCAAACAAAAUUUCAGACGCAUGAUAAUAUUCGCAAACUUGAAUAUAUUUCAGAGAUAUCAUUCGAUUCUAAUAAAAAUUAUGCUAAAAAUGUGAAUAACAUAAUUAAUGGCACUAAAGUUAAUAAAAAUUUAGAAGAGCAUAGAGAUAUUAGAAAAGUACAAAAAUCUUGGAAAUCUCAUAUUAGAAACGGCAUGGUGUGUAAAUCCAAACGACAAAAAUCUUUAUGGACUAAGAAAGAUAUCAAGGUUGCAGCAAAUACAAAGUAUACGAAUGAUAUCGAAAUGAGAAAUUUAAAUUCUCCAUCUGAAUCUAUAAAGCUAAAUUCUUUUUAUGAUAAAAAGUCUGAAAUACCUGAAGCGAACGAUAUAACGAUCGAGAAUAUUGCGGAGAGAAUAAAGAAAAGGAAAAUAAACACGGAUAAAAAGAAUUCCACCAGACUAUCUUCUUCAGAUUUAGAAACAAUCAUAAAAAGAGACACAAGAAAGAGACCGUGUAGAAAAGAGGAGAUUCAAUAUGAAAUGACAGACAAUGUUCCUGUUUCAAUGCAAAAUAGAAGUAGAACUAAGUUCACUAGAUCUGCUUUGUCGAAGUCGAAACAGCGAAGGAUGUGCUCAACGAAACAAUCUAGCAUAGAAAGUUCCGAGAAAGGUGACGCUUCCAUAAAGUUAAAUUGCCAGAUUAACAAUUCUGGCUUAAAAAGAACAACACGAAAGAUAAAACACGCCCACAGUUCCAUAAAUAUAACAUAUGAGAAUGUAGAUAAUGUGGACAAUUGCAAUUUUUCUAAAUCUUGCGUUAAGAUACAAGAAUAUAUAUCAGAGAAUAACAAUACUACCGAAACAAGUACGAUUGUGGAGAAAAAUAUUCUCUCGGACGAGGAAAUUAUCAAAGAGCAAGAACGAAUGGAAAGACUAGUUAUACAGGAAAAGGAAGACUUCGAGUUGGCCCAAAGAUUGCAGGCGAAGUUUGACGAAAUGGAGGGAAUCGCUGGUCGAACCAGAAGAUCUAGGAGGGCGAUCGAGAGUGAAACAGUCGAACUAGAUUUCUAUAAAAUCGAUGCCGGGAGAAAUGUACAAAAAGCAAUGAAUUCGCAUACUGCCAAAUCAUCAAUUAUCAAUCACGCUGUAAACACCGAGGCGAAAAAACGUGGUAGACCUCCGAAGCGUGUGAAA